CAUUGUGGUGACUCUCUUCUUCUGCAUGGAGAAUAUCCAGUUGCAUUAGUUCCAUGUGCCUUGCUGCUUGGUGUUUCUGAAUAACUUAUUUGAAAUCCCACUUACUGCAUGGAUGAGGCCUUUCUCUCUUGCAUACAGUAUUUUCUCCAGCUGUGCCAUUUCUCUCUCCCUCUUUCUGUGUGGUUUGGUAUUGGGGCGGGGUGGCGGUGGAACCCUACACCUCUCCUUCGCUCACAGAUGGGGCCUUUCUACAGUGUCACUGCUGGUUUGCAUAAAGAAGAGGGAGGCGUGUGGCUGCGUAUGGGGUUGGCUGACACCCAAUGAGGUUUUUAAUGCACACUUCACCUCAAAUAAGGAAACACAAGAGGGCCGUAACACAGGGAGGCUGGCCGGGUGACAUCACUGCUCAAAGAGUGACCAAAGUGCAAUUCUUGUCUGGUGGCUUGUUAACUUGGAGCAGGACGGGAGGCUGGCUCGGACCCUCAGAGCGACUCUGUGGAUCUGUGCAUUCAUUCUGCACCCCUUUGGGACAUGGUCACGGCGCCUUCCAGCUGAAAGGAGGGCACACCAGCAGGCAAAUGAACACCGAGAAAUACAGGAAGUUCCUGGAUGGACUCAACAACCUGAAAGAUGAACGGGAUCGGGUCCAGAAAAAGACUUUCACCAAAUGGGUGAAUAAGCACCUGAUGAAGGUGCGCAAGCACAUCAAUGACCUCUACGAGGACCUGCGAGAUGGCCACAACCUCAUCUCUCUGCUGGAGGUCCUCUCUGGUGUCAAACUGCCACGGGAAAAGGGCCGGAUGCGCUUCCACCGACUCCAGAAUGUGCAGAUUGCCCUGGAUUUCCUGAAGCAGCGGCAGGUGAAGCUGGUGAACAUUCGCAAUGAUGACAUAACGGAUGGGAACCCCAAGCUGACACUGGGACUGAUCUGGACCAUCAUCUUGCAUUUCCAGAUCUCUGACAUCUACAUCAGUGGCGAGUCAGGAGACAUGUCCGCCAAAGAAAAGCUCCUUCUAUGGACACAGAAGGUGACGGCGGGCUAUGUGGGAGUGAAGUGCACCAACUUCUCAUCCUGCUGGAGUGAUGGAAAGAUGUUCAAUGCUAUUAUUCACAGAUACAGGCCAGAUUUAGUGGAUAUGGAAAGAGUUCAGAUUCAGAGCAGCCGAGAUAAUCUGGAACAGGCCUUCGAGAUUGCAGAGCGGCUUGGGGUCACCAGGUUGCUGGAUGCAGAAGAUGUGGAUGUUCCCUCACCAGAUGAAAAGUCUGUGAUAACUUAUGUGUCUUCAAUUUACGAUGCCUUUCCCAAAGUCCCAGAGGGAGGAGAAGGCAUCAGUGCCACUGAAGUGGACACAAGGUGGUUAGAAUACCAGAACCAUAUAGAUUCUCUCAUCUCCUGGAUUAAGCAGCACACGAUAAUGAUGUCUGACAAAUCUUUUCCCCAGAACCCUGUAGAGCUCAAGGCACUUUAUAACCAGUACAUACACUUCAAAGAAACAGAGAUCCCAGCAAAACAGCAAGAAAAACGAAACAUUGAGGAUCUGUAUAAACUUCUGGAGACCUGGAUUGAAUUUGGGCGCCUUAAGCUGCCUCAGGGCUAUCACCCCAAUGAUGUGGAGGAAGAAUGGGGCAAGCUCAUCAUAGAAAUGCUGGAACGUGAGAAGUUGCUGCGGCCAGCCGUGGAAAGGUUGGAGCUGCUGCUACAGAUUGCAAACAAAAUCCAGAAUGGGACUCUCAGCUGUGAAGAGAAACUCACCCUGGCAAGGAACACGCUGCAAGCUGUGAGUCUUUCCCUUCUGUUAUUCAGCUCUCCCUGAUCUUCUCUCAGAUCUGCUCC